UUUAAUUUGUUUUUGAUAAUUUGAAUGGCAUCAAUAAUCAUCGCUAGUAAGGCAAACUCGAGACCUUUGGCUGAAUGAGAGGUUUUAGCAGAGUUCUUAGCUAAGAAUCAGCCCCAGUUCAACUACUCAGUGAUAAAGAAGCAUAAGAAUGAAUGGGAUGAUUUCCUGACAUCUCUUACUGAAUCAUACGGAUUCAAAAGGAAGUGCUGUCCCAUUGUAUUUACUGUAGAAGGCGAACUCAUUGGUGACACCAGAGAGUUCUAUGAUUAUUGUCAAAACAAAUACGGUAAGAUCGUGCGUGUUGGAAAUGAGGUAUCCGAACCAAGAGCAAAAGCUAAUGCUCAGGAAGCCAAGGAAUUCGUUAGAAAGAGGGACAAGGGGCCAAACUUGAUCGAGAAAAUCCAGAAAACUUUGAGGAAAGCUAAAGUUAAGAAACUUGUGAGCAACUUGGAAGGCAAUUUUGAGAAAAUCAUCCAUAAUGGAAUCCCUUAUAACGUCAGGCUAACAGAUAUGUCAAAAAGGUCUGUAGAAUUUAUCGAAGAAGUCAUGGACCCUGAAUCAGAAGUUCCUGAAGAUGAUGGAGAAGACAAGGAAGAGGGAGUUGAAGAAGAAGCCGGGGACGACAACCUUGAUUACGAUGAUCUCGAGUCGAAAGAAGAGAAUAAGGAAGACCCCACUCCAAACGAAGGAGAAGGUAGCCAAGCUAAUAACGAGGACGAGCAAGAAAGUCACCCCGAAGGAGAGGGAGAUGCUCCAGAAGAGCCCCAUCCAGUCGAAGAGAUUAAGGAAGAAAUAAAGGCCAAACCUGAGAAGGUCAUCGAAGAGCCUGUCUCCAUUGACGAUGUAGUGUCUCAGUACCCCUUUGAUGAGUCUAAAGGAAUGACAUUUGAAGACUUCGAAAAAUUUUAUAAAGAUGAAAUAGAAGGAAAACUCAAUAGAAGGGAAGCAGUUAAGGAGAGAAACCAGCGCAGGAACGGUGAACUUGAAGAAGACAAAGAGCCUGAAGAAGAAGCACCAGAAGCCCAUCAGGAGCUGGACCAAGACCCUGAUGGCGAAGGAGAAGGCAACGAUGGAGAAGGGGAUCAAGAAGCCAAAGAAAGAAGAGAAGCUGAACGACAGAGGAUUGAGAAAGAAAGAGAAGAGGAAGAAAAGAAAAGACAGGAAGAAGAGAGAGUAAAGCAGAUAGAAGAAGCUAAUAGGAUGAGAGAGGAGUUCUAUAAGGAGUAUGUGCAAAGAAGGUAUCAUAUUUACGAGAAAGAUAAGUACCAGAGGACGAUUCUAAAGAAGCUAAGAAUCGAUACUUUUGAUGACAAUUAUUCCCUCUACGUACAUCCUGAGCCACCCAUUCAGGAAGUCAUGAUGAUCUUCCAGUCUGAUCCUGAGUUAGAAGACGAUGAUUUUCAAAAUUAUAGAGAUUUUGGACUUGUAGAGAGACUCCCAAUGACUAAAAUCCCUGAAGAAAUGGAAAGCUAUGUCAAAACUGAGGAAGCUAAAGUGAGUAUCAACAGAAGUCCAUUGAAGAGUGCAGAGAUUGAUAUAACAAACCCGUUAACUUCUUAUGAGUGGAAACUAUGGUACCACAUAGUCUCAACAACUAAAGGCUAUGGGUUCUUACAAAUUCUGCCUGUUGGAUAUAGAUCUAGUUCUGCUUUCUCUGCCAAUUUGUUGCAUGUAGCUCCAAAGACAAAGAGCUGGGGUAAAUUUGAGUCUCCUCUCGACAAGCUCAUCUCUCUCAGAAAGGAAUACUACAUUAAGGAAAACACCAGACUAUUCGAAGAGAAACAGAAGAAGGAUAAGACUGUGGCUGGGAAUAACGCACUUUCUCAAACAGACAAGCAGCACCAAGAAGAGCUAAAGAAGCAGGAAGAGAUGCAGAAUGAGCAUAUUUAUAGAUUCUCUAAGGAUAAUAUCUUCAAACUUCCUGAGUUUGAUUUCCCUCAUUUUGUAUGCAUUCUAGAGGGCGAGCCAAGCGACAGCUCUUUAGUUGCGGAUUAUCUCAAAAUUUGUGACGAGCUUAAUCUUGGAGAACUUCAAAGAUUAGGAGUCACUAUCAUUAUCACGAAGGAAUGGAUGUUCGUGGCUACCUUAUCACAGCCUUACAUGAAGAUUGAGAAUGAUUUGGAUUUGUUCAUUGAUCCAUUCAGUUAUGCAGGAAUCUUGAAUAUCCAUGUAAAGGAUCAUUCUUGGCCACAGACUGCAGGAAUCGAUGUGAAAGAUCAGAUAACUUCUUAUUUACCCUCAAAGGCUUACUCAGAGCCAUUACCUUCGCAACUCCCAGAAGAAGAGCCUCCAGUUGAGGAAGAAGAUGAGUAUGAUGACCAAGAGGCUGAAGGUGAAGGCAAAGAAGGCGAAGGUGAAGGAGAAGCUGAGAAGGAUGACAAAGAAACCUCAUAACC